AUGGCGCUAAAUCGCAUCAAUGGGCGCGAAGAUCUCUUCGUAGGAGGCAUCUUCGGUGUCAGCCGCGCCCGCUUAAUCGAAGAACACAAGAUCACGCACAUCCUAUCCGUCAUCAACUACACCCUCCCUGCCGACCCCGCGUUUCGCAAUGUCCAACAUCUUAGCAUCGACAUCGACGACGUGGAGGAGGCCGAUAUUUUGGUUCAUUUCCCCAAGAUGGUCCGCUUCAUUGAGCGCGGGUUCGCGAGCGCAAAGAUCAACGGCGACGACGAGGCAGCGCAGGACUCCGAAGCCAUAACCGCCGUGCCACCCACCGCCACCAUAACAUCACAACAACAAACAAAACCCGGCGCCGUCCUAGUCCACUGCGCCAUGGGCAAGUCCCGCUCUGUCUCCGCCAUCGUCGCCUACCUCCUUUGGAAACACCCGCACCGCUUCGGGCGGUCCGACCCGUCCACGCCCGCGCGCCGCGCCGUCACGCAGGCCAUCAACUGGGUGCGACAGACACGACCUAUCGCCGAGCCCAACGACGGGUUCAUGGAGCAGCUAGAGCUAUGGUGGACCAUGGGCUGUCCUCUCGAAUCAGGCGACGACGCGGUCGAGAACCACCCUGCCUACCAGCGAUGGUUGUACAAGCGCGAGGUGGAGGACGCAACGAGGAUUGGCCGGGUGCCGGAUUGGAUCCGGUUCGAGGAUGAGGAGGCUGCUAAGCUUGCUGCUGCUGAGAACAACAGCUCCAAAGAGGCGGAGGCGGGGGCCGGUGCGGCGUCACUAAGUCUGAGAUGCAAAAAGUGUCGAAGAACACUGGCGACGAAGCCGUUUAUUGUCCCGCACCAAGGGAAAGGAAAUAAAGAAAGGGACUGCGGACAUUACUUUGUCGAAGCCCUGUCGUGGAUGCGCCCGACGCUGGAGCAGGGUGAGCUGGAGGGCAGAUUAACGUGUCCGAACCAAAAGUGUCUGGCGUCCGUGGGGAGGUACACGUGGCAAGGGUUUAGAUGUAGCUGUGGCGACUGGAUCGCGCCCGCGUUCUCGCUGCAGAAGAGCAAAGUGGACGAGGCGACGUCGGCGCCGCAUCCAGGUGGUGGUAGAGGGCCUGGCGGCGGCGGCGGCGGUGGGGCAGCUGCCGUGGCGGCGAGGAUGGCGGCGUUGGGGAUUAGGAUGCCGCCUGGUGGUUUGGGUGGACAAAGAGUAGCUGGGGAUGGUGCAGGGACUGCGGGUGGGCCUAAGGAGAACCUAUGA